GACUUCUGAUGUAGUGGUCAACUUGAAAACGAGGCUGCCAUGUCUGCAUUCCGGUCAGUUGCAAGGUAGUCAGCCGGUAGGCGCCAGCCUCGUGACGAGCAGCGAUCCAGGUAACAGGGGAAGACGAAGACUGGUUUCUAUAUUUAAACCUCUUUCGUAUAAGUUUACCCUCACUACCACUGCAAUUAUCAGGCGCCAGCGGCUUCACAAACUGUCCAAACCGUUCAAAGGCAGUAUCGUCUAACGAAGAAGUCUCGUCAUACUGUUGUUCGUCUCCCGUGAUACGGUUCAUGAUCCAGGGUAAUCAUUAGACAUGGAAGAGAAAGGGAAAUACUUAUAUUGUCCGAUACGAUCCAACGAGAUUCGUCUAUGCCGCUUCACUCGCGACGCGGAUGAUGUACAUGCAGUGCUCGAGACAUUUUCCAAGGAAGCACCGCAUCCAAAGUAUAGCGCCCUCUCCUACACCUGGGGUUCUGACCAGAGCGCACCCUACAGACAAUGGUCUAUUCAAAUCGGAGCACAAAGUCUCCCAGUACUGGAUUCUUUAUGGUCUUUUUUGCAAGCGUUGAGAUCGAAAGGUACAUUACUGGAUGACACAUGGUGGUGGAUAGACUCUAUAUGCAUAGAUCAGACAAAUACAACAGAGCGAGACGAGCAAGUGCCCCAGAUGAAGAGUAUCUACAAUGGAGCUUCCAGUGUGAUUAUAUGGCUGGGAGAAAAAUCUGAGGAUAGCAAUCGGGCACUGGACUUUAUGCAUUUUCUCAGGAACAUGGACAAAGAAGUCGUCGAUCGAGAAGAAUUGCGAGCAAUCCUACUGGAUAAAAAGUACGAAAGAGACUCGGAAGCGUUCAAAAGGUUCUUCCUCCGCAGAUGGUGGACCAGGAUCUGGACAGUUCAGGAAUUCGUCAUCCCAUUUGACAUCUCUUUCUGGUGCGGAGAGCGAAAUAUCAGUCGGGAUGUUGUAUUUGAUGCUUUGAUGGUGGCUGAUCAGUGCGGCCCGCGAAGUUUCAGGGAAAGCGUCAUGAUUCACCAUGCAUUCAGUCGUAUACGAGCGUGGAAGCUGUACAGAACUUGGCAAUCUUCUGGAUCUAAUCUUAAUAUGCCUCUUCUCGGGUUGGUGGCAUAUUUCUCCAGCAACGAAGCGUCAGAUGAUCGCGAUCGACUAUAUGGACUGACAGGGUUAAGCACAGAGAAACAUGGUUUGCUUAUUGACUACUCACGAUCCGUCGACGAGGUAUAUUUGGGCUUUGCGAUGUCUUUCAUUGAGAAACAUGCAUCUUUGGAUAUAUUGAGCUUCGCUUCGCUAUACACUGCCUCGCCCGGUUCAACACUGCCUUCCUGGGUCCCCGAUUGGCGCAAGCGCUUGCGUCCUCUAGUCACGCCUUUGAUGGUGAGCCAAAGCUCAAAUCGAAUCAUUGGAAACCUUCGACCCCCGAGAGCUCUCGGCCGUGACAAUAGUUCCACAUGCUACCAAGCAUCACGGACCAAAAAAGCAGUGUACUCAUUCGAGGGGACCACUCUCCUCGCUCGUGGCUAUAUCGUGGAUACCGUCGAUGGUUUAGCCGGGUCCAAUUUCUCCGACCUCGUCCAAAGUUCAGGGAAGCAUCUGCAGUGCUCUAAUCCUGCGCGGUCAUCGUUGGAGAUUUUGGCCAGUAUUUGUAGGUGCUUGGUUCUCGACCGCAAAGAUCGGUACCUUCAAGAGCCUAUGCCUAUGCAAGAGUUCUUUGAUAAUUUUGCAUUCAUGGCGUUGGCUCUCGUUUCACGUCAAAAAAUCGAUAUAAGCUCCCCAUUUCAGGACUGGUUCAAACAAACUCGAUCACUUCGCCUCGAAGGGAAAACAUUCGAGAACCACUUACGCGAUAUCUACGGAGAGAAGGCCACUGCUAUAGAUUUUGCGAUUCCACUCAACAUGGACGCUUUCCAGCAUGAUUCGUUUUAUGGCAGAUUCUUCGAUACUGUUGAAAGGAUGUCGCUGCGGUUGAUGACGAGCACCAAUGGUGGUAUUGGUAUGGUCGUGCAGAAAGCGAUGAAGGGCGAUGUUGUCUGCAUCCUCUUUGGGUGCAAUGUGCCUUUACUACUGAGACGGACUAAGGAUAGAGAUAAUUUUACUGUUGUAGGUGAAUGUUUUCUAGAUGGCUAUAUGAAAGGUGAGGCGCUCUUGGAUGAUCGACUAAUUGAGGAAACUAUCCGUAUUGUAUGA